AUGGAGAUCGGGACGCAGAACGGGGCGCGCACCGACCAUGACAGAGAUUCGAAGAUGAAUGGGAUCAAUGGCGCGGGGAUGGUGAAGCGCGAGCCCUCUCCAAACAAGGCGAAGGGAGGCGCAACACCGAUGACGAAUGGUUACGACACUCCAGUGGAAGCGGAUGCGCCGAAGCAAGCGCAAGCAGCCUUGAACGCACCGGAUCAAGCCUCCAAGAUGGACAACCUGCCGCCCGAGAUCGCGCACAUCACGCAGAACUUCAUCGGCAUUCCGUUCUUGUUGCAGCGGCUGGCGCAGAAAUCACAUAACGACCUCCAAACGAAGAUCGAGGAACUUGCAAAGAUACCCAUACCACAGGGGUCUCUGAAUGGCAACGCAGGCACGGCGGAAGACAACUCGGAAGAGAAUCAAAACAAGAAGGCUAACUUGCUGCACUUCAUACAAGACAUGCAUGGCAAAUGGGUCAAGGCUCUGGUGAUUUCAGAAUGGAGUAGGAAGGCCGAGCAGGUCAGCAAGUUGAUCGAUCUCAACGUUCACAUCAACGAGCAGUUGGCGAAAUAUGAUCAAGGCUUGGACUUCAUGGGUCACAUCAAGAGGGGUCUCUACCAGGCGCGAUUACCAGAUCCUGAUCUCAAAACGGCGCUUCAAGUUCUGUCUACAGGUCAAGCGCCUUGGUUUCCUGAGUUCGGUUAUAUCGAACCCCCUCCCUUGACUACGGCAGAGCAGAUAAAAUGGAUCAAUGAGCUGAACACUCUGUUGUCUGUCCGGCUGAACCUCAAGGACCAUGACAAGAUCCCCUCUCAAUUCAGAGAUUACACCAUCGACUCGGGCCGUGUCACGUUCAAAGUCGAGGGGGAGUUUGAGGUUGAUCUAACAAUUGCGGAUGAGGACUUUGAUAAGCAAUUCUGGUUCAUCGACUUCCGAUUCACAUUCUCGCCUGCGCCUCAAGACCUGUCCGAGGCAUUGAGGGUGUUUUUGGAGAUAAAGGUGAACGAGGCACUUGCCAAUGAUGGCCUUCGGGGCUGUUAUGAACUUCUCCACGAGCUCACCCUCACACAUAAGAUCAAUGAGCUACGAAGACAGGCUGUGCAGCUCAGCCGUGGUCGUUGGAUCGAGAACAUGAAGGUUGAGCGGCUGAACCGGGCUCUCUCAAUACAGUACUGGACGAACCGUCUCCCCACUACCAACUCCAAUUCUGGCCCGAAGAGUUGGAUCAUUGUGGGUGUCAAUAGCGGGAGAACGACGAAGCCCAACUCGCCACCGACAACGAAUCCCGCAAGUCAUCUCGAGUUGCGCUGGUUCCAGGACGGGAAAGAGGUUCGCGACGUGGACGUGGCAGUCGACAUCCAGGAUAUAUCUGCAGAAACUCUCAUCAAGAAGAUCGUCGCGAAACAUGUCGGGAACAUACUGUCAUCGAUCUAUGACAGGCUUCUUUCCAAGCCACGCUUUGAGAAGCGGCAAGCAUCGAUAUCGCUGAGCAUUGAUACCGAGGACCCAUCGGAAUCGGCCUUGAUAGUCCAGUUGACCCACGCGCAGUCAUUGACUGUACGAAUCAACCCAACCACAGGAAUGUUCACCAUGCAGCCCGCUGCGCAGUCAUAUAUCUACAAGUGUGAAGCCUUCCUCAACCAGAGAUCUCGAAAUCUGGUAGAGGACGGCGUUAUGCAAAUAGAAAGCAUCAGGUGGCAGAGCGCGUUUGGCGAACUCAUCCGACUGGGCGAAGGCCAGGGCUGGCGGAUGUCCCGACGGCCGGUCAAUUCAGAAGAGGUCAAGCGCUUGCACGCUACCCGAGAGCCGCACAACAUGCUGUGGCUCAGGCGGGAAGGCUGGGCUGCUCCUUGGUUUCUUGUUGUCUGUCUGAGCUUGGCCGGCGACACAUGGUGGCUGGUAGAAGUCGAUGCGCCCAACAACCCCAAGGUGGAUUCGCCAAAACCUCGGGGUAACCAAUUCAUCCCUAGGAACAACAUGAUGUUCGAGCAAUCGACUGCUCGGCUCAAAUACUACAACCUUGUUCCGAUUACAUCCACGAAUCCCAAAUUCUCUGUCCCCUUCUUCACCGAUCUCACCACGCUUACCACGGGCAUGAUUGCUCACAUCAGUGACAUAACGACUCUGGGAAAGAGCAGAAUUCCAUACGCACCAAAGUCCGCGAUCAAUCCUUACUUAUCCUCUCGAAUUAGGAUGCCAGCGUUGUACGUCAGAUUCGCUUCCAUUCUCCCACCUCAGGGUGGCGACCGCAAGGCCCAGCGUACGAGGGACUCGUGGGCGGGAGAGUUCGUCAAGAUCUUCUUCCGAGGCGUUCGCAACCCUCCAUCUGCCUCCAGCAGAUAUUUCACGGUCUCUGCCGACGUCAGGGUAGAUGUCAAAGACAAAUCCAAAUUUUCGCUUCUCAAGGGCCACGUCGAUCAUGAUGUCUAUUACCACACCCGUACCGGAUCAUUCAGGCUACAUCUGCGGACCGAGAUCGGAAAGUCAUUUAUAGAUGCCCUUGCUACGCGUCUCAAGGCACUCGAUAGGCUGGUUGAGUUUGUGGCUGCCAUCAACAGCCGCGCAGGCACAGUGAAGUGCGAGAGCGUCACACUUCGCAAAGUCGUGUUCACCUACGGGCCCCCAAGCACGGAUCAGCCGCCUGCGGAUGGGCAGGUCUCGAGUCCAUGGAGGGUCGUGCUGGACCUUGCGAAGAGCGAGAAAGUCAGCGUCACCCUCGAGAAGGGCAAUCCGCACACAAGAAUUCGGGACAUGCUUGAUAGACUUGUGAACUCGCCCGUUGGGUUUGAGCAGCUUCCGUUCUGGUUGCAAACGUCGCUGAGCCUUCAACGAGGCCUCGACGCGAUGGAGGAUGCAUGGGUCGAUAUCGCCUCGGGCAACCAGGGCGAGCUCCAGAUUGUGCCUCGCUCCAUCGACUGGUUCAACAUCCAUUUGGACCUGCCCACCCAGGCGAACAAGCCUGCACGCCGCCUAUGCCUCAGCGUCAGAUGCAGGCAGCGCCGCGGACAGCUAUGGUGGAGCCUGGAGCGGGCCCAGCGCUCAGGCGAGCCUCCCAGGAAGGACAAUGACGAGUUUGACGCAGCCCUGCAGCCGGUCUUUGACUCGAGCGGUGAUGGCUGGCUGGGCCACGGCAAGUCUGCUGUUGCCCAGUGCACGGGCACGGGCAUCGAGGAUCUAUUGGCCAAGGUGAGCGAUGCCUUGAAGGCUCUAGCCGCCGGAGGGGCUGCGCAACCCGCUGCUGGCUCGCAAGGGGCCGCGAUAGUCCUGGACUAG